CAUGAUUAGGGACGCUAAUUUCACGACCAAGCAAUGGCAAUACGGGAUUGUGGAGACUGAGAAAUACCAAUUCCAAGACAAUGAACUUGAUACAGAAGAUCACUGCGAAGAUGUCACAGACCUCCUCUUUGGAGUCUGUGAGGAACUUGGAGAAGGGGAAACCCUUUGUCAGCCAGGAUUCGACCUCCAGGAUACAAUGAAUGGAUUUGAGCUAAUGGACCCCAAGAUGGAUAAUAAAUGUGACCUAGAAUCAAGCUUCUCUCCUCAGAAAGCUAAAGAAGCUGGAACUAUUAAGGAGACUUACUCUAACAAUGAAGUUUUGGCAAUUCUGAAUCUUUUCUUGAUCCAAGAAGUUAGAUGGCUUAAAGGAAAUGCACCUCUAGCAACUAUUUAUAGUUUCCAAUUGUUGGCUGACUCAAGCUAUUACUCUAACAACGAUAUAUUAGAUGCAUAUCUGAAAUAUUUGAUUUUCUUUGAGUAUGAGCUAGUAGAAAUCAUUAGAACAACAGGGUGUGUCAGAGACGACGAGUUCACCUUCCCCCCAGUACACGAGAAGAAGCAUACCUGCGAGACAUUAGUUGAACUCCUGAAGUUGCUAGACUCAGUCAUCGAGAAGACAACAGCUCAAGGGGCUGAUGAUCCUAUCUUGCUGAGUAUCAGCAAUCACUUGCAAUUCAGAAGAUCUAUUAUCUACUCUGUCAUGAUGAUGGGCUCUGGUGCAAACUGCAUGAAAGAAAAUACAGAUGAAAGCGAACAAAAGCCAGUCUCUAAAAACAAAAAGAAAAAGAAGAAUAAGAAGAAGAGGCAAGCAAAGAAAGAGCUAGAUCCUUUGAAGGAAUCUGAAGAGAGCAUCUCUGCAAUGAGCGAGAAGUCACUCCCAGCCAUCAGAGAUGCUUAUGGCUUAUCUAGUGAGGAGGAUAUCGAGACUGCUAAGAAACUGUUUGACCCUACAAUCAUGAAAUCAGCUAAUAUUAUUAUGUCAAUGACCAAUAGAGACAACGAUUUGUCGUAUGACCAUGCUAUUGAGUACUUUGAUAAGCUGCUUCAGAAUUUGAAGCUGAUUAUUAAGCUAAAUACUUUCCAAUUUACAUACCAGAUUUCUCACUUUUUGAAGAAUUUACACAUCGAGACUCCUUGUGCACUUGUAAGAGCCCUUGCUGAGAAGAUUGUAUUUCCUGAUAAUAACACCAUUAGGAUUUUUGGUAAAUUCGAUAUGCACUCAGAAUUCAUGAGAGAUUACGUAGUAGGAUUAUUCCCAAACUUCUGGUCAUACUUUGAUGAUAAGGUGGUCAGAGAUUUCCUCUUCAAGUUUUCCCUCAUGACCAGGGAAGGACUUCUCCGUCAGAUGAGGAACAUCUCCAAUCAGCAGAAAAAUUUGAAGAGAUAUUAUGAAGACCUAUCAAUUUUGAUUAAUGAGGCUAACUUCACAGAUGACAGGCUGAUCUCGAAGAAGAAGUACCCUGGAAAGCAGACAACUCCUUGUCUAACGAUCAGCAUCAAUCUUGUUGUUGAGGCUAUGGCUGAGUUCUUGAAGCUUGGAUUCCCUCUUGACUUAUAUGCCCCUUAUGAAUUCGCAAUGAUCUCAGAUUACCUCUCUAGUGUAUUCAGGACCCUCCAGAAUAACAGAAGAAUCAUGAUCCUAGGUUUCUGUGAAGACCAGGCCAGAGGUGGCAAGAUUUCCUUUGAAAAUAAUGAAGAAAAUAAAGAAUUCAUGAAGCAUCGUGAGAAAAUGAGCGAUUUGCAGAAGAUCACAUGUGACGAAUUUGUCUUCUACCAUGCUCUCCGAGAGAUCUAUUCAGGCCUCACCAUCCUCUUCAUGGUCUUGAUGAAGGAUGGCCACAUCAAGAACCCUCUCAGAGGUAAAUUUGGCAAAGAAAAAGGAGAGAAUUUCAUAGAAAGAAAUGCAUACAGAAGGAGAUUUUACCUCUUCAAAUAUCUAAAUUUCCCUAGAUACAAUGAGUAUGAAGACUAUGAAGAGACAUAUGAUAAAGUAUUCAACGAUGAAACUGGAGAACAAGUCAAUAUAAUGAGAGAAAACCUGAUGCAAGGAAUGAAACUUCUCAACCAGAUCAAGGGUACUGACGAAAAACUCAGAAACACUACCAUUCUUUCCACUGAGAUGUUAGAAGAGGUAUGUAAAAUAGCUGCUAAUAACCUCUUUGUGUUGAUGAAAGCUCAGUCAGCUCCAGAAGGAAAGAAGACAAAGAUAGUUAUUAACCCAUCCAACGAGUGGCUGCCACAAGUUGAUGUUGAGUACGUCUAGAUAUGUGUUAACUUCACUGUGAGAAGAUAUUCCAAUCUGUAAAUA